AUGGGUCAGCCUAUAGCGGAGUCUAGCACGCUGCUCAAUGCGCAGAUUGGCUUUCUGAGAACCCAUCUCGCAUUGAUACACAUCCCGUCCGCGGCCUACCCCUUAUUCGUCCAGCCCAUACUCAACCUCCUGCUGAACAAUGGCCAAAUCGAUGAGGAUGGCAAUAUCAUUGAGCCCAGAAGAUCAUGGCAAUACUGGCAUCCUUUCGUCAAUGUGUCGAUCACACCUAACGAAUGCUCGAUCGUCUGCCCACGCGAACAAGCCGAGACACUCUUUGCUCCUCUUAUUGAAGGGCUCAGCCCAGCGCUCAGGAAGGCCGUAUCGAUCACCAAAGAAGACUAUUCGGUGAUAAUGAUUGGAGGCGAAGGAUUGGAAGCUGGACAGCGAGUCUUGGAUUUGACAAGUCCCUUGGCCAUGGCUGGUAUUCCAAUAUUCUUCAUCACGAGCUACUACUCCGACUUCAUCCUGGUCCCUUUCAGCUCAAGACCGAAAGUCAUUCACGCCCUGGAAGAGCGAGGUUUCGUAUUCGAAGCGACAGACGCGGAUGGUGAAUCUGGCCAGAUGACCAACCCGCAAUCACCUCUCACCAACCCACAUACCCGGCAAGGUUCCACCUCAUCCUCCUCAGACUCCUUCCCAAUCGCCCAGACCCCGCCACCGACCACCGUCCCCGAACUCCAAACAAAAACCUUCAAGACCCUCUCCGUGAACAACAUCCUCCCCACCGUCGACCCCUCGAUUCAACUCAUCACCUGCGCCGGCAUAAAACAAUCCACCCCCUCCGCCUCAACAACCAACUUCACCGAAGGCAAACUCCACCUCGGCCUCGCCAAAUGCCUCACCGCCAAACCACCCCCGACCUUCUUCUCCAUGACCCUCACAGACUCCGAAUCCGCCUCGCUGACCCUCGAAAAACACCUCCUCUCCCACUUCCCCAACGACGGCGAGGACGUCUUACUGGGGACAGAAUCCCCCGAACAGAUCCCCAUCACGCUGGACCUGAAAACCCUACCGCUCGAAAGCACGGGAAUUGUCUGUGGCGUCAGCAGUCGAUUGACGGAUGGGAUGAGGGGCAGGAUCGGCAGGGAGAUGUUCAAUAUGAGUUAUCUGAGCACGAGCCGCGCAGGGCAUGUCAUCGUUUAUGAGGAUGAGUUGGAGGAUGCUAUUGAGGCUUUGAGUGUGGCGGUGGGUAUGAAUGGGGUGGGUGGUCCUGUUGAGGGGCGAUGA